AUGAAUGCACUCCAGAUCGAGAUGGCGACUGGGCCUAAGCGAGAAUCCUUCCACUGGCAGUCAGAUACGACCACGGACGCGCCAACUACUACCUGCUCGAUCAACACCCCUUCAACUACCGCAGCAGGCCCUGAUUGCCUCUGUAGCAGCCGAGGAGCAGUCCCUUGUCCCGAGAAGACCUUCCAGAUCAUCGAAAAGCGCAGCGGCAAAGCCAUCACGCUGGCCGGAGAUGAACUGAAACUCGAGAAAGUCGGGCCCACCAGAGUCUUUGACAGAAAGACCCAUUGGUUCUGCGUCAAGAAGGAUGGCUACUUCGGCUUCCAAAAUCCCAAGACCGGGAACUACCUUGGCCACGACGGUGGAUUUGGCAUUCGUGCCUCGGCAAACUACCUGAAUCAGUCGGGGCUGUGGACACCGAGGGAGCAUCCAGAGGGAGGGUAUGAGAUGCUGUCACCUCAUGGGGCUAGUGUCCUAAUGGUUCUGUGUGAUGGUGGAGAUGGGAGCACGCUGGUUACACGAUGGCAUGGGACUACGCUGUGGGAGUUUGUCAGAGUCUGA